AUGAACCAAGACAGCCCUUCGCGCAAACGCCCCCGGAAUUCUACCAUGACAACCAAAGUACCGCUGAAGGAUGAGGCAGACACUAUGGAGCAGACCCCUAGAAAACGCCGCGGACGCCCGAGGAAGUCAGACACAAUGGUUCAAAGCGCGACACCGAAUGGGGGGAGUCCUGGUCAUACUCCUGGCCCGGGAGGCGCAAGUGCGCAAAAGAGGAAGCGAGGUAGACCUAGGAAAUAUCUCCCGGAGCCGGAUGCCGUAGACGACGUUGCCGAUCAGGUGGCAAAUAGCCAGGUACAUGAGCCGUCUGUUGUCGAGCCCGAGCCAAGUUGGGCUCCCCUGAACCUUACUGCAGAUGGCGAAUCUGACGAUGGCUUGCCGGAUGAUCAAGGCUACGCAGAACCCUUUGAAGGUGAGGCUCAGAUGGAGCAAUUUGAUGAUAACCCUCAGAAUCAGAGUCCUGGAGUUGAAUAUGAGCGUACUUACGAUACGCCAAAUGUCGAUUAUAUGGAUGAUGUUUAUAUGCAGAAUGACGAGAAUAUACAUUCAACACCAUCAAAGAUGCCUUCUCCAUCUCGUGAGAGCCAGAUUAUCUCUCCAGAUAACACCAUAUACGCUGGUCGUACACCUAGACCGCCUCGUCAAUACCCCACCCCAGCAUCCUCAUCAUUAGUCGAUGAGGAAAGACAAGACCGAGGGGCGCAAAACUCUAUCUCGCGCAAUCGCUUUCGCCAAAGCGGAGUUCAUGCUACAAACGACCCUACAGAUGAACACAGAGAAUUCGAUUCUAUAAUGGAGAGUGAAGGGUUUAGCAUGGUUUCGCUGGAUACACUACCGUCAGCUAAACAACAUGGACUCAGCGCCAGCUCUCAAGUAACAAAGGGCGCUUUGAAGCCGUUUCUGGAGCGGGAAAGCAACGGUGUCUUAAGACGAAAAUCCUCGAUCCGGAAUCAGGCCAAUGAAGAAGAAGCCGGUCUAAUUACGCAACCUGAGCCAUCAGCCCUGGCACAAGAGAAGGCUACUGUGGACUACAGGUCCGCUAGGGCAUAUUCUUCCCCUACUUCUCCAGCGCCUGUUCCGGUUCAAGCCUCUAGCAGACGGCGGCGACGACCAAUAGCCAGGUUUGUGAGGUUGGUCCGUGUGGGCAUUGCUCUGGAGAGCGCUCUAAGGCGUCCGUAUGACAGAGAGUAUCCCCGAGGUCUCCUGUCAAGUCCUGAGAUACGCGUGUCGCAAGAUCAGAUGUCCAGCUUGGAGACAUCUAGGAAACGAUUGGAGCUGCUCUUCAGCGAAUUCGAUUCAGAGAUACAACGCGAUCUACAGUCGGCCUUGAAAUUCGGUCAAGAGCUCGCGAAGAGACGAGUGCAGGCAGAGAUUGAGAAUGCAAGGAAAGCCCCUGAGAUGGAAACUAUCACAGAAACCACGCCAAAAGGCCUGAGCGAAACAAGUGGGUCUCGGGAAAUGUCGCGGGAACCUGAUGGACUAAGGGACUACGAUACACCAGGCUCAGAGAUGAGGCGUCGGAUGGAAGAAUGGCAACGGGAGAGGGAAGCUAUCAGCCGCGAAAUUCAAUUGGCCAACUCAAGCCAGGUCAUUGUUAUUGACAGUGAUGUGAGUGGCCCUCCGAGUCCAGAGGGGGGCAUGGCUGCUCCCAAAGCUGAUGAAGAGCGUGACUGGACCUCUGACAUCGAUCGUGGAGACGCAGAUGCACUAUCAGUGCAUGACAAACCCGAAGAUGGUCGCUUUAGUGAACAAGAGGAGGAAGACGAAGAUGACGGAUACGAAGAUAUCUGGCAACAAGAGGCUAAUGAUAGAGGCGAUCUUUCGGACCGCUCGUCUGUUUCGUAUGUUCAUCAAAGCUUGGACAAUAACAGGCAAGAGUCUAGUCCUCAAACAAAUAGCUCGAUAUCUGAACGGAGUGCUAUCGAUAAUUCGUAUUCUCCAGCCUACUGGACCAAUGCUCACGACAAGGUGCCGUUUCUAGGCAAGUCGCGAAUCAAAGAGCUACGAGAACAGGAUGUUGAUAUUUCCGCACUAUUGCGUCCAGGGGCUACCCCCAAACGUUCGCGUUACUACUACGGGCAAAGCAGCCCCCCAAGUACAGAAAACGGACGAGAUCCCGAGCAGCCACAGCCAACCGCGGUACCCUACAGCGAGGAGGCAAAGGAGGAUGAAUACGAGGAAGAAGAAGUACAGGGAGUGCGGCAGGAUGAGGAGGAUCACUUACUUGAACCUCCGCAGUCAGAUGAUUAUCUGGAGUCAAGCCCUCAGAGAGCCCCAGGGGAAGAGACAUUCCAGCUGGAUCCAACUACGAAUUUUGAAAAUGCACGACAACACUCGGAUUUGUGGCUAGAAGGGUAUGGUGAUGGGAAUCUUUCAGAUGCAGCUUCACCUGAACCACAGACCGCUCACGAGACACCUGUCCUCACCCCCGAACGCCAGCAGCCCUCCAGUACCAGAAAACAAGCAUCAUCCUGGCUCCAAAAGAUUACUAAUCUUACGCCUCAAUGGUUGAAAGUACCAAAAAGAAGAUCAUUUGCAGAGCCUGCUCUAUCUGUAUAUGACGAGGCUUCAGAGGACGAAGAUGAUGACGGGUCCCGCUCGAGAAACGUGGAAGAAAACUACAUGGAGGAAGCGCCAAGACUGCAUCGGGACCAUGAACAACAGAGCCUUUCUAGCCCGUUAGACGACCAGUCGCCCAAUGUAGAAGCAAAAGACGAUACGUAUGAUCGUCCUUUGCCGCUGGCUGUCUCUGGAUAUUUCUCUGACGAUCACUACAUCCUCCUUCGUCGUCUUUACCGUCUGGCAAAAAGACAUCCAGAACGCUUCAUUUACUACCCUGGUCCAGGGCGAUCGGAUAUCAUUGGUGAUUGGAUAUGGACGUCGGACGGUUUACAUGGGGUCCCCAUCACGGAGCUUUCUUUUUUUGGUUUCGUUUCCCGGACCCCGUUACCAGCUUGGCAACGAUAG